UCAAGCAUCCUCACACGACACAGAGAGCUCACAGGCGACAGCGGCGUUGUUUGUGUGCGUGUGCGUGUAUGUGUGUAUGUGUGUGUGAAUGAGUACAACAACAUCAUCAAUAUGACUGUUAGAAACGCUCUCCGGGAUCAUGGGCAGAGGUACCGACCGCGGAUGGCUUGUCUCAAAAAGGCAGAGAAAGUGCUGCUGGAGAUGCAGGACCCCAACACGGGAGUCAAGUUACAGCCUCAGAGACUUGUUAUCACAACUAUACCACACGCUAUCACCGGUGAAGACAUAGUUGCAUGGUUGGCAGACAGAUUUCAAAUAGAUGCACUAGAAGCCAGAAGCUUUGGCUCCAUGCUGGUGGCAUUAGGAUACAUCUACCCUUUACAAGACCACAAACGUUUAGUGAUUAAACCAGACAUGUCACUGUAUCGCUUCCAGACACCAUAUUUCUGGCCCACCCAGCAGUGGCCUGUUGAGGAUACAGAUUAUGCAAUCUAUCUUGCAAAAAGAAACAUACGUAAGAAAGGCAUCUUAGAGCUGCAUGAGCAGGAGCAGUACAACCAUCUUCACAAGUGGAUGAAUCAUAAAUGGGAUUUCAUUGUGAUGCAAGCUAAAGAACAGUACAGAGCUGUGAAGGAGAGGAAGAAACCAGACCGUGUGGUGUUUGACUGUCAGGAGAGAGCCUACUGGGUGGUUCACAGACCUCCGCCGGGGACAGUGAGUGCCAUGAACUAUGGACUGGAUCGAAGAACAGAUCCUAAUGCAGACGAGAUUCAAACUCCUGAUUACUAUGAGAGAAUUAUGAUCUUCACCCAACAGGCCAUCAUGAGGCCCAGAGUGAAGUCGUCUGUGUCCAUUGGCGCAUUGGUGAAACACUGUGCCACCUAUAGUGGCCACGACCCUUUUCUGUCCAAGUGUCUUCCCAGCAACCCCUGGCUCACAGAUGAUACAACAUACUGGUCCCUGAAUAUGUCAAAUGUGGAAAUACCGUCGAAGAUGCGCGUGGAGKGGUGGACGCUCAGCUUUAAGGAGCUGCUCUCAGACCCUCGAGGACGAGACGAUUUCAGACUCUUCCUGAAAAAAGAAUUCAGCGGUGAGAACCUGGCAUUCUGGGAAGGUUGUGAGGAUUUGAAGUGGGGCACUGCUGCAACUAUGAAGGAGAAAGCGGAGCAGAUUUACAAGACGUUCUUGGCUCGUGGUGCACCGAGAUGGAUCAAUAURGAUGGAAAGACAAUGGAAGUCACUGUGAAGGGGCUGAAACAUCCACACAGAUACGUUCUGGAUGCAGCACAGACUCACAUCUACAUGCUAAUGAAGAAGGACUCUUACGGUCGGUACCUGAAAUCUCCAGUGUUUAAGGAWACGAUGAAGAAGGCCAUCAACCCUGAGGAGCACAAAUUCAAUGAUUCGCAGUUGGAGCAGAACGCCAGGAACAGACGGCCCAGUCUCAGCCCCAUCGUCAUCCGGCAACAGGAGCAAGAGCAACGGGCCAAGAUGGCCGCCAACGCCCCAGUUGACAUCACACAGCUCUGCAGAUUUACCACCCCUGUCCCUCACCUCGCUGUCUAUUCUGGAAUCACCGACCCUCCCUCCGCCAACGCCUCCCCGUCCCUCCCCUUCCUGGCCCACACCCCGGUGUGUCCUUCCCCCAUCAGCGUGGCCCUGGACAGCACCUCGGUCUCCGAGCGGCGGCUGGAGGCCAGCGAGGGCGAAGGCGAGCGAAARAACGAGGCCCGAGCCCCCGACGGAGGUAACGUCUCAAAGUCUCGCGUGGCCCUGUCCCUGCGCCGCCUGCUGAAGAGAGGCUGCAGCCCUUCGGCCAUGUUCGCCAGCUUGUCGCCGAAAUGUCACACGACUGCGGCGACGAGUAGCCGCAUUCAGCCGAUCACGCCGGACGAACCCAGUCAGGCUCCACCCAGGAGAACUGGCAACUUCUUUCAAAUAAAAGUAGACAUUCCUCCAGAGUGUCGGAUCUACCCCAUCGAGUCUGAGGACGAGGAGGAGGAGAACAGGCCUGCCUUGGAGGGAGGGGUGGGAACCGAGGAGAUCAUCUGCCCUUGGGAGAGCCUCACUCGGCAGAACGGGUCAGGCUAACCUGCAGGAUUCAUACAGGUGCCACAGCGUGGGACGCAAAAUAUGUAACGUAAAUAAAUAUCGAACAAUACGAAGCACUCGGAACGGGACUCUGUGAAACAAAAAAAGAGAUGGUUGAUGGUCUUUGGUGGACUUACUGUUUUAAGUAUUAAAUAUCUGAGCGCCUGCUGGUUUGAACGUUUCCUCAGGCACAUCUGUUGCAGAUGUGAUCUGUUGCUUACCUCUCUUGAACAUUUUCAAGGGACAGUUCAAUUCAAUGAAAGAGAAAUACACUGGAAUUGACACGGACAGCACUGAGUGAGUUUUAUGGCUGCCAUCUUGCUAGGUGCUGAUGUCAAAGCACAGAAAGGUGCAGACAUACCUUUAUUUUGUGUAAACAAAUAUAUAUUUUGCAUAUUGUGAAAACAAGGUACAAGAGUUUGCUUAAAUGAGCCUCAAAGUAGCAUUAAACAGCUUCUUUUCCGACAGUGCUGACAUACACAAUGGUUAAAACAAGCUAAGUUAAAAGUAAAAUUUURAAAGCUUUAUGAGCUAAUAUUGGAUAAUACUCAUAAUACUCCAGGAACCAGUACUACAUUCCUUAAAGUUCAUUUUCUGAUACUUCAACAAUUGGUGGCAAAAAAAAAAUUGUCUGAGUUUAAGUUUUUACUCAGUUUUUAAAAUUUUGAAGCCAUUCUGGCUGCAGACGUGUAUAAAAGUACAUUUACUUCAUUARAGUUCUGUGGUUUUGUAACUUUGUCAAGUAGUUUUUUUAAUCAUAACUUUUACUUUUAUUUAGUUAUAUUCAAAACAUAAAAAUGAUACUUUUACUUCUUUACUU